UUCAUUUGCUCACCAUUUGCUAAGUAGAGAACUGAAAUGAGCACCAUUAAGCUGAGCCUGUGUCUUCUGAUCAUGCUGGCUGUUUGUUGCUAUGAAGCUAAUGCUAGCCAGAUCUGUGAACUUGUUGCUCAUGAAACCAUAAGCUUCUUAAUGAAAAGUGAGAAAGAACUGAAGAAGGAACUUGAGAUGUAUAAUGCACCUCCAGCAGCUGUUGAAGCAAAACUGGAAGUGAAGAGAUGUGUAGACCAGAUGAGCUAUGGAGACAGAUUGGUAGUAGCAGAAACAAUGGUAUACGUUUUUUUGGAAUGUGGUGUGAAACAAUGGGUAGAAACAUAUUAUCCUGAGAUCGAUUUCUUCUACGAUAUGAACUGAUUUUUCCUGUUCAAUGUGAUGGUUUCAAAGUCUUGCACCAAUAAAUUAUUCUCCUUGC